AUGUGUGACCAGCAGCAGAUUCAGUAUUGCAUGCCGCUCCCCCAGUGCUGUGUGAAGGGUUCCUCCUUCUGCCCUGCCCCGUCCCCCUGUCCCCAGGGCCAGGUGGUAGUUCAAGCCCCUUGUGGGAUGCAAAUUGUGGAGUGUCCUGCACCAUGCCCAGUUCAAGUUUCCCAGGUGAAGUGCCAGGCUCCCUGCCAGUCCCAGACCACACAGGUGAAAGGCCAGGCUCCAAGCCAGUCUAAGACCACCAAGGUGAACUGCCAGGCUCCAUGCCAGUCCCAGACCACACAGGUGAACUGCCAGGCUCCGUGCCAGACUGAGGUGUGCUACGUGCAGUGUGAAGCCCCAUGCCCUGUUCAGACCUGCUACGUAGAAUGUGCUCCAGCGUGUUAUACGCAAACGCGCUAUGUGGAAUGCCCAGUCCAAACCUACCUAUCCUAUCCAGCUCCCCAGCCUGUCCAGACUUUCAUCCCGUAUGCCCCUGCAUGCCAGGCUCAGGGAAGGUUCUCCACCCAGUGCCAGUAUCAGGGCUCCUUCAGCAGCUGCGCCCCCCAGCGUCAGUCCCGGGCUUCCUACUGCACUUCUGCGCCCCAGGGCCAGGCCCAGGGCUCUUACGGCGGCUGCCCCGCGCAGCGCCGCGCCAGGAGCGCCAGCAGAUGCCCCCCUCCUCGCCAGGUGCGGCCUUCUUACCGCAGCUGUUCCCCGCCGCGCCAGAUGCGGCCUUCUUACCGCAGCUGUUCCCCCCCCUACUACAGCAGCUGCGAGCCCUCAAGAUGCCCUUCGGGUUCCUAUAACUACUGCACCCCACCCCGCCGCUCGGAGCCCAUCUAUAACAGUGGCUGUGCUCGGCGUCCGGCUGCAAGCUGCUCUCAGAGACGCGGCCCCAGGUGUCGCAUAGAGAUCUCCUCGCCCUGCUGCCCCAGGCAGGUGCCCCCCCAGCGGUGUCCCGUUCAGAUCCCUCCCAUCCGACGCUGCUCUGGGAGCUGUGCUCCGCGGCCCUCCUGGGGCUCCUCCUGCCCGGAGCUGAGACCACGCGCAGAGCCACGUCCGCUGCCAAGCUUCUGUCCACCGCGGAGUUUUGACCGAUGUCCGGAGCCGCCGCAGCCGCGAUGUCCGAUUCCUGCCCCGCGCCCAUACCCGCGCCCCGCGCCCUGCGCCAGUCCCGAGCGCCGCCGGUGUUCGCCCCCUCGGCCGCUGAGUCCCGAACCACGGCCAGCCCCGCGGCCAGUCCCGCAGCCGCGCCCCAUGCAGCGUGAGUUUCCAGAGCCACAUCCACAGGCCUGCGAGCGCCCAGAGCCUUGUCCGGAGCCCAUCCCCCUGCCAGCGCCCUGCUCCAGCCCAGAGCCGUGUGCGCAGCCUGGGCGCUGUCCCAGCCCGUGCUCCGGCCCACAUCCAAUGCCACGCUCAGGAGACCUAGGCUGUCGUGAGUCCCGCCCGGGCCGCCUGGACAUCGAGGCCCCCAGCUGUGGCCCAGCUGCUUACUACCCGUGCGGAGAGAGCGGUGCCAGCUAUGGACCUUGCGAUGUGUUUCCCGAGCCGCGGGGUCAGGGUGCUAAAGGAGACCAAGGAGGCGCCUCUGUUGGAGUGAAAGGCGGGGUCUAUGCUGGAACCAAGAGCGCCUAUUUUUAA